AUGGCAGCUCCUGACGGCGAUGUGAUCCUCAGCAGAUUCAACGAUGGCGCAAAUGAGAUCUUGACCAGCUCCGACGACGAACCAAUAAGAAGGCUAAUUGGAGAGACGAAGUGGCUGCAGCCAUGCAGAAGUGAUCAAGAUACAGAACUUCUCCUUGACAAGCAGAACGAUGCUGUCAUUGAUCAUCUACAACGAUGUAUCAAUAACGAAGCGAACAGGCCGGCAGAAGCCGCUGCAGCGAUGGAAAAACAGAUCAAGCAAUCGGAAUGCAAGGAUGGCUUGAACACUGAUAUUGAGUACUCACAUAUGUUUCUCCGUUUACGGGAGGGUGAAAGGAGUCGUCUGUGGAAGGCUACCAUACGCUCUUGGCAUCAGGUUAGCUAG